CCGCGCUGCUCCUCCCGCGGCGGCCCCUCAGGAGCGGCGGCGGCGGCGGCGGGCAGCGCUGCGGCCCCGAUCCCGCCCCACCGCGCCCCCAGCCCUGCCCCGGGGCGCGGAGCGGCCACAGCCGGGCCCAUCCCGCCGCCUCUGCCGCUGCUGAUCCCGCUCCCGCUCCGUGCCGGGCGCGGCCGGCGGCGCAGGAGGCCGGGGCCAUGGCGCUGGACGGGAUCCGCAUGCCGGACGGCUGCUACGCCGACGGGACGUGGGAGCUGAGCGUCCAUGUCACCGACCUGGGCCGCGACGUCACCCUGAGGGUCACCGGCGAGAUCCACAUCGGCGGCGUCAUGCUGCGCCUCGUCGAGAAGCUCGACGUCAAGAAGGACUGGUCGGAUCACGCGCUGUGGUGGGAAAAGAAGAAAACUUGGCUCCUUAAAACUCACUGGACGUUGGAUAAAUAUGGGAUCCAGGCAGAUGCCAAGCUCCAGUUCACCCCUCAGCACAAGCUGCUGCGCCUGCAGCUGCCCAACAUGAAGUACGUCAAGGUCAAAGUCAACUUCUCCGACAGGGUCUUCAAGGCUGUUUCUGACAUCUGCAAAACCUUCAACAUCAGGCACCCAGAAGAACUCUCCCUUUUGAGGAAACCCAGAGAUCCAUCAAAGAAAAAAAAGAAGAAGUUGGACGAUCAGUGUGAAGAUGACACCUUCGAGCUGGAGGGGCCUCUGAUCACGCCGGGGUCGGGCACCGAUAUUCUUUACAUCGGCCCCGUCAAAGGAAAUAUCUAUUCAAGCCCAGGACUCUAUAGCAAAACGAUGACGCCGACCUACGACGCCCACGACGGCAGCCCCCUGUCCCCCACGUCCGCCUGGUUCGGCGACAGCGCCCUGUCCGAGGGCAACCCGGGAAUCCUGGCCGUGAGCCAGCCCGUCACCUCCCCGGAGUCCUUAGCCAAAAUGUACAAGCCCCAGACGCUGCUCGAUAAGGCCAAAAUCAACCAAGGGUGGCUGGACUCGUCCCGAUCCCUCAUGGAGCAGGAGGUGAAGGAAAACGAGGCUUUGCUACUCCGGUUCAAGUACUACAGCUUUUUUGACCUGAAUCCAAAGUACGACGCGAUCCGGAUCAACCAGCUGUACGAGCAGUCCAAGUGGGCAAUCCUGCUGGAGGAGAUCGAGUGCACGGAGGAGGAGAUGAUGAUGUUUGCAGCACUGCAGUACCACAUCAACAAGCUGUCCAUCAUGUCCUCGGAAAACCACCUGAACCACAGUGACAAGGACGUGGACGAGGUGGACGCCGCGCUCUCGGACCUGGAGAUCACCUUGGAAGGGGGCAAGACAUCAACAAUCCUGGGUGACAUCACUUCCAUCCCGGAGCUCGCUGACUACAUUAAAGUCUUCAAGCCCAAGAAGCUGACGUUGAAAGGCUACAAGCCCUACUGGUGCACCUUCAAAGAUACCUCCAUCUCCUGCUACAAAAGCAAAGAGGAAUCCAACGGGACUCCUGCUCACCAGAUGAACCUGAGAGGAUGUGAAGUUACCCCUGAUGUGAACAUCUCUGGUCAGAAGUUCAACAUCAAGCUCCUGAUUCCGGUGGCAGAGGGGAUGAACGAAAUUUGGCUGCGCUGCGACAACGAGACGCAGUACGCCAGCUGGAUGGCCGCCUGCCGCCUGGCCUCCAAGGGCAAGACCAUGGCCGACAGCUCCUACGGCAUGGAAGUGCAGAACAUCCUGUCCUUCCUGAAAAUGCAGCAUUUGAACCCAGACCCGCAGCUGAUCCCGGAGCAGAUCAACACCGACAUCAACCCCGAGUGCCUGGUGUCUCCUCGCUACCUGAAGAAGUACAAGAACAAGCAGCCAGGCUAUGUAAGAGACUUGAUCACGGCGCGCAUCCUGGAGGCUCACCAGAAUGUGGCCCAGAUGAGCCUCAUCGAGGCCAAGAUGCGCUUUAUCCAGGCCUGGCAGUCGCUGCCGGAGUUCGGCAUCACGCACUUCAAUGCAAGGUUCCAGGGUGGGAAGAAGGAUGAGCUGAUCGGCAUCGCCUACAACCGGCUGAUCCGCAUGGACGCCAGCACGGGCGACGCCGUCAAGACCUGGCGCUUCAGCAACAUGAAACAGUGGAACGUCAACUGGGAGAUCAAAAUGGUGACGGUGGAGUUCGCGGACGAGGUGCGGGUGUCGUUCAUCUGCACCGAGGUGGAUUGCAAGGUGGUGCACGAGUUCAUCGGGGGCUACAUCUUCCUGUCCACGCGGGCCAAGGACCAGAACGAGAGCCUGGACGAGGAGAUGUUCUACAAACUGACCAGUGGCUGGGUGUGAGCCCCCCCAGCCUCGCCCCCAGGAACCCCCAUGGCCAUAUUCAUGUUUAACUUUCCAAAGCUGUCCUUUGAGAUAAUGCUGCUUAAUAAAGUAAGCUUGAAAUGUAUCUUUUUUUUUUUUUUUAAACAAUUGGAUUUUUGGUUGGUCUUGUUUUAUUUUGGUUUGGUUUU